CCUCUCCCCUUACCAUUCCGCAUACUCGAGGACACUCGCGCGAGUAAAGGAGACGCUUCCUCACCGCUCACUACGAGUUCAUUUUUUUUCAUCUGCUUCGUGUGUGCGGAGUCUCUUUUUUUUUUCCACCGUCCGAAUCCGAACGGACUACGAAGAUCGCGAGGGAGACACGAAGGUUUCGAGGGGUAACACGAAGAGUAACUGCGGAGAGCGGCGGAGAGACUGUGUUUUCAUCAGCUCUUAGUUUCAGGUUAGGAGCCUGCUAGGACGGGUCUCGUUCUCUCUUCUUGAGGUCAUCCGGACGAGAGCGAACUAAAGGGUUCGCAACGGUUCGGGUACGCCAGUGGAAUCACGAAACGAGGAAAAAGGGAAAGAAAAAAAAAAAAAGGGAGCACACGGAAAAACACAGCCGUCUCUUAUCAUUUGGCCCAUCGAUAGGAGGAAAUAUUGGACGUGACAUCGUGCUUGCUAUCAGAUCGAUAUCGAUGAGAUUCAAGAGACUCUGUCGCAGAACGGAUUACGAGAAAAACAGAUUUUGGAAUCGCGUGGCGUAUCAAUCGAGUGUUGCAUCAAGUGUCACCAAAGUGUUCCGAAUCUCCAAGUGAUAUACCUCGUGAGGAGACUCCGUAUCGUCGUGAUUGUUUUUUCUUUUUUUUGUGUCGUCGACUGUGCGCGAGUGUCACGAACUGGAUCCUCGUUGGCGCGAGUGAGUAAACAUUUGAUCUGUUCCGUGCCGUGUGAUGCGGCAGCGCGUUGAGAUUUGCGGCUCGCGUUAUCGCUACGUGGACGACAUCGGCGAGAGCUCGACAUUAAUAUCGGCCAAUCACCGUCUGUGAGAGAGAGACUCUUCGCAAUCGUAACGAUUUCGCGGAUGGCCCGGUCCAGGCACACCGCGAUCCUUUAAUAGUGAUAAUACUAAUGACACGGUGACGAAUGAUACGGAUCAUCACGAUCCGUCGAUCGAGACACUCAUCGGCACAAUAGUGAUGAUAAUGCCGUGGUACCGAGCACGUUUUCGACAAACGUGAAACCGUCAGAAUUCUUAGUGUCGUUGUGUUCUAGUUGUUUGAUUCUCAACGUUACGUGGACGAAUCGCGACGCGCUACAUAUAGUCCAGAUGAUCGGCUCGGACCACAGAUCGAUAGAUAAAAUACAUACUCUGUGCGAGUGACAAUUAUCAAACGCUUGUAAAGUUUUCGAAAGAGUAAACUCAUGAAGAUCGAAUGCACGCCGACACGAUAGAGUGUCAGUCCGGCGAUGUUGAUCGCCAGGCAAUAACACGAAAGUGCAAAUCGUUAAGUGGACGCGUGACACGCAUCGCGCUACGCCGUCAACUGCCGGUGAGAGACGGUACCGACGGAACCGCCGCCUAAAACGUGUUCUCCGAGCACGACCGGCAGCUCCGGAGGCGGCGGCGGCGGCGGCGGCGGCGGCGGCGGCGGCGGCGGAGACGGCGACAAACGAGGAAGAGCUGUUUCGCGCCCGCCGGAGAAGCUCGAAGCCGUCAAAGUGGCUUCGUCACUGGGGCUCCAGGGGCCUUCAGCGCCGAUCGGGGCCCAACUACUGGCUACUGGUGGUUCGGAGGAUGCGCCGACCGCGACCGUGUACCACGCCAAUCUGGUAGCCGGUAGCAACACCUCCGUCGUGACUGCGGCGCUCCAGCAGCCCUUACUAGCGGGUCUAAACUCGGCGGCAUUGGCCAGCAUGCAGGCCUCCGCGGAGGCCAACUCGCGGAAUAUAACGACCAUGGAAUGGCUCUACAAGAAGGAGCCCUUGUUCACGCUCGCCCAUUUCUGGCAACAGAGAGCAACUUCGGCGGAGAAAGAAAUAGCCGCACUGAAAGAACAGCUCGCCGCAACGAAUGACAGCAAUUCCAAGACUGAGGGACACCAAUUGUCCCAGCCUCCGCAGGGAAGUGAUCAACAGCAGGUACACGAUGCCAGCAAUCCCAGAAGGACGCCGAACAGCAACCUCGAGCAAGAAUUGCAGGCCAAAGACAAAGAGAUUAACCAGUUGGUCGAGGAGGUGUCCAGGCUACAGCAGAGUCUGCAACGCCUCCAGGAGACAAGCGCGCAAGCAACGGCGCGACUCGAGGAGGAACUCGAAGUGCGCAGGCAGCACAUCAGCAGACUGGAGAGCAAAUUGGAACGGCAGAGGGAUUAUGAUGACCUGAAGCGCGAAAUCAGCGUGCUGAGGUCAGUCGACCUCUCGCAGAUACCAACCGGCGAACCUGGAAAGAGCUUGGAGCAUCUUCUUAUGGAGCGCUUCAAGGCGCUUCAGCAAGCCGAGAAUCUGAAACCCUCCAACACACCUGACGCACUCGGUGGAUUAUCGUCACCCCUGCAGCGCGCCUCGACCGCCUCACCCCACGGGGUCGGAGGUGUGCCACCUACAUCCCAUGUGUCCUCCCAACAACCACCGCCACCGCCUCCAACAGCAGUCUCUCUCCCUCCACGUUCCACCCCGACGCCCUCUUCGGCCACUUCGACAACUUCGAGCCUCCUUUUUCCGCCACCCCUUCAAAACGUCGAGACCUUUGGCUCGUUCCUCGGUGAAGAAAUCGUUGCCAAUUGGAGGCGGACGUUGGAAAGGUCUAUCAUGAAUCAGCAGCAGCAGCAACAACAACAUCAGCAGCAGCAGCAGCAGCAGCAGCAGCAACAACAACAGCAGCAGCAACAACAAUCACAGCCAUCUCAAUUAAGUCAGUUAGCUCAACAACAACAACAAUUGCAACAAGCUCAAUCGCACAUGAGUUUGCAUCCUCCAACAACGCCAAGUAGUUUAAAUCAUCUUCCAUCACCGAGCGCGGAUCCGUCGUCCACCUCGAAUACCCCGGCAAAGUCGAAUACGCCGCUCGGUACCGUGUCCCUGGCUAAUUUAGACAUCACCGAAAAGGCACCAACGCCAGUGUCGGGACACGAGACGCCGGCACCACCGACGCCAUCCUCUACAACCGCCUUAACAUCACCGCCGAGCUUCCAGCCACCACCGACGUCAAUGGUGGAGACCAGCACCCCUUCGGCAUCUAUCAACGGCGGCGGUCUCACCCCGGGUGUACCGAGCGCACCACCCCCGAAGAGUCCGGCCGAUCAAGAAUCAUGUCACAAUAAUAAUAACAGUCAUCAUCUGGCGAACAAUAACAUCGGCGGUCUAAGCGUUCUCGAUACGCUCAAGAGUCCGUUUCGAUUCGACGACCGAACAUAUCCGUUCCGAUUCGGCGAUGAGUUUGGGGCCGCCGGUAUGGCCGGUCGGCUGGGCGAAUCCCUCAUUCCAAAGGGCGAUCCUAUGGAGGCGAGGCUCCAGGAGAUGUUGCGUCACAAUAUGGACAAAUACGCCUCGCAAAAUCUCGACACUCUUCACAUAGCGAGGCGGGUGCGCGAGCUGUUGUCGAUACAUAAUAUUGGUCAGAGGCUGUUCGCUAAAUAUGUUCUCGGACUAAGCCAAGGCACGGUCAGCGAGUUACUAAGCAAGCCCAAGCCCUGGGACAAGCUGACCGAGAAGGGCCGCGAUAGUUAUCGGAAGAUGCAUGGCUGGGCUUGCGACGAGAACGCCGUAUUGCUGCUCAAGUCCUUGAUCCCCAAGAAGGAGUAUGUUUCAGGCAAGGAGCAGGGAAUGCCAGCAUUCGCACGUGGACCACAGGAUGGUGGUCCACCGGAAAUGAGUGACGAAAGAUUGGCACAUAUUCUCUCGGAAUCGAGCCAUAUGCAAAUGAGGAGCGACCAUGAGGUAUCGAACGACGCUGAUAGCAAGAGUCCGAGUAGGAUCGGUUGUCCGAGUCCGUUUAACAAAGACAGAUUGGAUAGCCAAAACAGGAGACUGAAGAAGUACGAAAACGAUGACAUUCCUCAGGAGAAGGUGGUGAGAAUUUACCAGGAGGAGCUGGCUAAACUGAUGGGCAGGAGAGUAGAGGACCUUCGCCCGCGAGAGUUUUCUAGUGCGAUUUUUCCACAUUUUUUCAGUGGCACUCAAGGCGGUCUUCAAGGUAUCGAGCGCACUCAGGAAGACAUUCGAUUGGCAUUGGACGCUUAUCAUCGUGAGCUUCAAAAGUUGAACGCUGCACCAGGUCAGAAUCCGUCGAUGGCCGCAUUACCAGGAUUACCUGGACUUCCUGGCUUGUUGGCGCUUCAGCAGCAAGCUCUUCAGCAACAUCAUUUAGCCGCUAAUGGCGGCGGUGGCGGUGGCGCUGUACAAGAUUUGAGUUUAGGCAAAAUAGAUCCGCGCAAUAAAAUGAUAAACGGCGUAUCGGAAGAGGAGAAAGAAAAGAUGGAAGAGGCGAUGCGACAUGCCGGUAGCGCUUUUUCCUUGGUGAGGCCGAAGCAGGAAUCGACGGGCCCUCAAUCAACACCCGGCGGUUCCAGCGCGAGUUCUCCCCUGGGCAAUUCCAUACUUCCCCCUGCGAUGACACCUAACGAAGAGUUCGCCAGUGCGGCGGCAGCCAGUCCCUUGCAGAGGAUGGCUUCCAUCACAAAUAGUCUGAUAAGUCAACCGUCCACACCAACCCAUCAUUCGGCCAACCAAAGGCCUUUAAAAGCUGUGCUUCCUCCGAUUACGCAGCAGCAGUUCGACAUGUACAAUAAUCUAAAUACUGAAGAUAUUGUGAAAAGGGUGAAAGAACAGCUGUCUCAAUAUUCGAUUUCGCAGCGGUUAUUCGGCGAGUCGGUAUUGGGUCUGUCUCAGGGAUCAGUGUCGGACCUCCUCGCGCGUCCCAAACCAUGGCACAUGCUGACUCAAAAAGGUCGCGAGCCCUUCAUUCGAAUGAAGAUGUUUCUGGAGGACGACAACGCAGUACACAAGUUGGUCGCAAGCCAGUACAAAAUCGCUCCGGAGAAGCUGAUGAGGACCGGCGGCUACGGCGGCCUGCCUCGUAAGUUUAACUCAGCGUGUGGAACACCCAUGAAACCUAUGCCGCCGACGAAACUCGUGCAAGAACAGCUACAGAACGCUGCGAAGGCGCAGGCCGCUGCUCAAGCAGCUGCGCAAGCAGCGGCGGCGCAGCAUCAGCAGGAGAAUCAAAUGCAGCUCGGCCCGCCUCAACAAAGUCCUCAGCUUCCGCAACAUCCGCAACCGCCGCCACCGAUGAUGUUGACCCCGCCCGGACCCCAUCUUCCACAUACUCAGCUCAGCAUGCAGGAAUUGCAAAAGAAGCAACAACAGCAACAGCAACAAAUGUCAUUGCACUCGCCGCAUCAUCAGAUGGCACCGUCGCCUCUUCGAAGUCUUCAUCCGCACAUUUCACCAAGCGUAUACGAGAUGGCCGCUCUUACGCAGGAUCUCGAUACACAGACGAUUACCACGAAGAUCAAGGAAGCGUUAUUGGCAAAUAACAUCGGCCAGAAGAUCUUUGGCGAAGCAGUUCUCGGUUUGUCGCAGGGCUCCGUCAGUGAGCUGCUGAGCAAACCGAAACCAUGGCAUAUGCUCAGCAUAAAAGGUCGGGAACCUUUCAUCAGGAUGCAACUUUGGCUGUCAGAUGCACACAAUGUCGAUCGACUCCAGGCAUUGAAGAACGAACGACGGGAGGCAAAUAAGAGACGACGCAGUAGCGGUCCAGGUCAUGACAAUAGUUCUGAUACUUCGAGCAAUGAUACUGCCGAGUUUUAUCAUGCGGCAUCACCUGGCCCGGGACCUACUACCGGUAAAAAGCAGCGCGUUCUCUUCUCGGAAGAGCAAAAAGAGGCUCUCAGACUCGCUUUUGCUCUCGAUCCAUAUCCUAACGUGGCCACCAUCGAAUUUCUUGCCGGUGAACUUGCCCUGUCUUCAAGGACGAUAACGAAUUGGUUUCACAAUCAUCGAAUGAGACUGAAGCAACAAACGCCGCAUGGCCAGCCGGAGCCGCAAUCGCCGCGAGAACCCGGCCAACCAUUCGACCCCGUUCAAUUCAGAUUGCUAUUGAACCAAAGAUUGCUGGAGAUUCAGAAGGAGAGACUAGGUUUAGGAAAUGUACCCUUACCUUAUUCUCCGUACUUUAAUCCCAACUUGGCGGCUCUGGUGGGUAACGCGCUAAAAGAACAAUGUUCUGGUCUUGAUCUCUCGAUGAACUCCCUGAAGAGAGAACCGAAUCAGGAAUUUGAAGAUGAGGAUGUCGAGGACGCGAUGAGUAAUCUCGGUAGCGAGGAUUCGGAGGGUUCGGCUGGCAGUAUAAAGAGGGAGCCCACAGAAACGCCGACGGCACCUACGACGGUCAGGUCUAAUAGAAGGAAACCCGCAGCACCGCAAUGGGUUAAUCCGGAAUGGCAAGAACCGACGAGAGCAGGAGACGAAGUCAUCAUUAACGGCGUUUGCGUGAUGCAAACGGACGAUUACGGUGUGAAAAGGGAAACUGAGGAGACUAUAAGAGUUGAGCCAACCCCGGUACAGGACCGAUACGAGGAGGAUGUCCAGAGUGACGUUUCCUCCGUAUCCGGUAAUAAUGGAGCUGAUCGGGACAGUCCACUGCCUAGUCCAAAAUCCGGUCAGAAUAGUCCAACGACGUCACUUAGACCGCCAUCGGUGCAACAAACACAACAGUCCACAGAGGAAAGUCCGAAGGACGUGAUAAAGCACGAACCCGAGGAAACGUGGGAUUACUAGAACAAUUUUGGACAUGAAAUUUCAUGGGAUUAUCCGCGAACUCGGUGAUUCCUUUUCGAAGAAUGGAGAUCGAAUGAGGUUUCCGACGUGUCUUCAGAGUCAUAUUGUUGAGAUAUGCCAAAAUGACGCUUUAUAAAAAAAGACGUUCCGCGAGUUGACGAUAUCCAUCGGUCUAAUUAAGUUUUAAACGAGGAAACCAGUUAUAGGACUCGAUCGUAUGCGAGUCCUGCCUACCACGAGGGCAUUAUCAUAGAGAGGCGAAUCGCGAAAGUCUAGGACAUUCUUGGAGGAUGUUACCGAACAGAAACAAGAGGACAUCUUGAUCGAUUUAGACGAGGCGCCAAGAGAACGAAAGGAUCAAAACUGCACGGAGCUCAAUCAAAAGGACCUCAUUGUGACGUUUUCUACGCGGCAAAUGGUACGAGAUCGGUGUCGGUGCGCGUCGGUACGAAAUCGUAUCGUUUACGAAGAAUGUGAAAUACAACGGAGCCGGCUGUGGAAUGACGGGCUCGCGUUGCAAUUCGCUCGAAAUUCGAGAGAACCCCAGCUGCUUUCGUUUUCAGAUGUAACACCUCUCCUCAAAUGGAUGAUAUGAUAUCGUAUCAUUUCGGAGGUGGGGAGACGAGUGGACUAAAGACUAAAUGAUGCACGGAAAACGGAGGUGGUCCGGGUUCGCCACACAGUGCAAUCUCCCAGUAACUAAUUGUUAGAUCGAAUUAUUAUUAAUUUUUAAUGAAAAAUUGCGCGCGACGGAAAACGGCCGAUUAAUUAUUGCAUAAUUGUGAUUCAUGUUAUUGUUUAUACUCGCCUCCCUAUCCCCUAUAGUGAUUAAGCUGUUAAUAUACUUAAGCUGUUAUAUACUUCUCUUUCUCUCUCUUUCUCUCUCUCUCUCUCUCUCUCACUUUUUCCAUUUACAUACCUUUUUACCAUUUUCGGUUGAAAAAUUUGACAUUUUCCUUUUCUCCUUCUCUUUUUCCUUACUUAUUGCUCUUAUCCGUCUAUUUAUAAAAUUGCGAGGAGAAUGAUCACUUAAGAGACCGUUACCAAUGUUAUUAUUAUCACUGCUAUUAUAAUUACGAAUUAUUAAUAUUAUUAUUAUUAUAUAAUUAUCAUUAUGAAAUAUUCUCAGUUGUCAAAAAAAUAUUGUCAUCGAUUAUUAUUACGUUAUAUGUUGAACGGCAUGCAGAAUGUAAAAUACCAAAAAGAAGUAAAUUUAUUCGUUUCUCGAAAUGAUUAUUUAAACUUCCUUUUUCUAUUUGUUGGAAACUAUUAGCUGCGCUAGAACAAUUGGUUAUGAAUAUCUUUGGUAAUUUUUAUUUAAUAUUAUUCUGAUUAUUAUUAUUAUUAUCAUUAUUAUCAUUAUUAUUAAAUGUAUUAUAUUAUUAGGCGCUUAUGUUGUCACAUUGCUACUACUAUUAUUAUUAUUAUUAUUAUUAUUAUUAUUAUUAUUAUUAUUAUUAUUAUUAUUAUUAUUAUUAUUAUGAUUAUUAUUAUUAUUAUUACUAUUAUUAUUAUCAUUAUAUCAAUAAUAUCAUUAUUAUUUUAUUAGGGAAUCAUUGUCGCAACAACAAUAUGGCUUGUGAAGCCAAUGUGAUAGAGCUUAUAUUGCGAUGAUAUGUAGAGAGGAAGAGGACGUGCAAAUAAAAGAAGAACAGGCAUGUCGUCGACUUCAUUGAACGAGGCGAGAGAUUGCGCGAGUCUAUAAUUCUGCGAUUUCUGGCAUAUGUAAAUAUCUGUACAAAGGAAAGAAGGGAAGAAAAUCCGCGAAAUACUAUGAGAAAACACAAUGAACUACAUAUACAUACACGCCUACACACAUAUACACACGAUCUUGUAUAUUUACUUAUCACACUUAACUAUCUAAUAGCGUACGAAUAUAUCCACGCAAACUAACAGCGAUACUGCACGUUGACUGCACGCUGAAUUUUCACUUGUCGCAGUCAGCAUCGCGCAUUUUAAAAACAAACUUUGCGUAUCAGCUACGAAAUGAUGAGGUAAGAGAGACAAGCAGAGAAUUAAACCGCGCACUUCAUUAACUGCUCGUUGCGAUUCGUGAAAAUGCAGCGUUCGGAUUAUUAUACGAGCGGUGCAAAGGGAAGAACACGUAAUUACGAGAAUUUGCCGUAAAUUAUCGAUGCCUAGAAGAAGGAGGAAAAAAUGCGCAGGAGACAUUUCGAGGCGAUUCAGCGUUAAGUGCGAAAGGACGAGCGAAUGGAUAAACGCGUGUGUGCGAGAUGAAUUUCAUAAGAGAGAGAAAGAGAAACAAGUCCUCGAAUUAUUACGAAUCAAACUCUAGUAUAUUUAUCAAAAUAAAUUUUAAUCUUCAAUUAAAAAAAUUCUAGUCCACAGUUAUAAAGAUUAAAAAAAGAAUGGAAACAAACGCGAAUGAGAAUAUUGUACGAGGCCAGAGGCGCGAGGAGUUCGUGCGAGACGAUCGCUGUAGAAGGGCAUUGUUAAACGAAAGAGAAAUCAGUGAUCGAUUGAUUUUUUUCCCUCCGACUUCCCAAACCUUUCAUUCUUUCUUAAAUUUUUCAUGAAUCGUCACGACGAAAGUCGAUUGGACCGGAGUAUCGAAUGUGUACAUAUUAUUGCUAUACUCGUGCGAUUAUGUCUCGUAAUUUAAUUGACGCUGAUUCCGCCUGUCGACGAGUGAUCCGAGUCUCACAGAACGUAUAAUAUAAACAAUAUAAACGAUCAUGUUAGACGAGAUUACUUCGGGCGAGGAUUUCGUCGAUCGUUCGUAUGUCGAAUGAUAUAUGCGACUGCGAUAGGGAAAGCUCCGGAUGCGAAUAGAUUAGUAGAUAAAGCGGGGAGAAAGACGGAGAACAAACGUGCGAUCUCAAAUCUUCGAACUAUACCAAACUAAAUUAUUUCACGGUAAUUAUUUCAUGAUCAAGCAUUAAUCUAACUAAUUCAUCCUUUCGAUUUUUCGACUUGAGUUAACAAUGCGGCAAUCACGUAGAUAAUCAUCGAUCCUCAUCGAUGACGGAGGACUUCAAUCGAGUCUCUCGUACUAUUACUGUAGAUACGAUAUUAAUACGAUUCGUAUUGGCGAGAUGAUUUGAUUUUAGCCGUAAUCGCGGUCAAAGCGUUUGAUCAUUUGGCGGGUCGACAUCUUAUGAUUAAUUAUAUGUAUACACGAUUAUAUGAUUGUUUCCCUUUUCUUCAUUUUCGCCGCGAGCAAGCGUAACGCAUAUAGAUUCUUUGUAGAUACCCGAUAAAUAGCCGAUAGAUAACCAAUAGCUUUAAUUAUUUAAACGCGGUACAGCUUUUAUGUCGAGGAUAAAGAUCGACGACCGUCUAGGAUGUAUGUACGACGGACAUGUAAUAUAACGUAACGAAUACACAAGUGCGUAACUGCGUGCGAAUGCGUUAGCGUUAUCGACAAUGGCGGGAAGGAGAGAAAUCAUAUCGUAAACCUAAUAAUGAAUAUUUUACAACAAAAGGUAAUUGUAGAUAGAUACACUUCAAAAGCUGUUGAGGCCCCCAGGAGACGCAUCAAGGAGAGACGCGCGCGUACAAUCCGAAAUGUAUACGCGCGGGCAUACGAUCAAAAAAGGAAGAGUAAACAAACCAUACAUAUACGAAAGGACACUGUCAUCCAGUAGUGAAAAUAAUGUAUUAAACAAAAAAAAAAAACAAGAAGGUUUACCUAAAAUAAUAGUCUAUUGAUUUGUAUUUCAUUUUUUCGAACUGUAUUAUAGCUUAAAGAGUAUCCUGUACAUUGCAUAAACACACGAGCACUAUUGUUUUAAAUUGUACGUUUAUGAUUAUUAUACGAAGAUAAAAAAGAAAUAAAUAAGGUAUACAAAGUA